AUGCGGGAGGAGGAAGCCGGGCCCACUUCCCAAAUUCGCUCGGGGCGUGUGCGCAUUCGCUUAACGCCACGGCACUUCAGUCCCCUGGGGACCACCUUCCGUGAUGUGCGAAUGACAUUCUUACACACGCGCUUCGCCAUCCGGGCAGUUGACUGCGAAGGAUAUGCGUGGACUGCCUGGUCGAGUGUGCUGCCUGGGUUCCUGUCAGUGGAUCGUUGCAAGUACAAGAUCGACCCCACUGGCAAGGAUGUCCUCAUCACCCUCUGUCCCGAGUACGCGUAUUUGCCCUUGACCGGCCUAGAGAGCCUUGAGCUGCACCGGCCGUAUAAGUUUGAGAACUGCAAGAAGAACUUCACGAAGUACUUCAUCUAG